AUGCCGCUGCGCUACAACGCACCGGACCUUCCGGCCACGCAGAUCUUCGCCGGCGGACUUUCAUGUGGGUUGGAAGCUGUGCGUGAGCCAGAGGUUGCGGACAGCAAGAGCAGCAGUGGUGCUGGUGGCGGUGAUGGAACGGUUGAGCCGCAGUUCACCCAAGGGCGUCUUGUUUACGCCUGUGCAGAGCGCGACGGCGUGUUGGAGUGGCACCGCAACGGCAAGUGCGAGCACGAAGUUUUGCUGGGCACCCCGAGUGCGUGCCCGCGGUGGACGCUGGAGGUGGCGGCCGCGCGUCUGCGUUCUGCGGAGGAGGCGCUGCGUCAAGAGGAGGCGGAGGCAGAGAGCAUAGGAAGAAAGAAGGGCGUGUAG